AUAAUAAUAAUUUGAGAAGAAAGAAAGAAGAAAGGAGAAAGAGAGGUGUAGCUGUUUUAAAGGAGAGUAUUGGUUGGUUGGUUGUUUUUGUUUUUGGACAAAAUUAGUUCCAAAAUCCAAUCCCACAAUCGGCAUCGAGAGCUCUCUCUUCUCUUCUCAAGCUCUCGAUCCGAAUCAACCCAAAUUCCAACUCCAUUGUUUUGUUCUCAUGUGAUUCUUUCCAAUUAAUCAAACUCACAACAAAAAACAUUAUUACAAUUAUAUGGAAAACAUAGCUGCCCAAUUGAAGCGGGGUAUCUCUCGCCAAUUCUCCGCCGGCGCCGGAUCCCUCCGUCGCUCCUUCAGCAGACAAUUCACCCGCCAAUCAUCCCUCGACCCGCGCAAGACCAACCUCCGCUUCAGUUUCGGCAGGCAGUCCUCCCUAGACCCCAUUCGCCGGAGUCCAUCCGAUGACGAUAACAAGCUCUCCGUCCCGGAGAACCUCGAUUCCACCAUGCAGCUACUCUUCCUCGCCUGCCGUGGGGACACCAAGGGCGUCGAGGACUUGCUAGACGAAGGCACUGAUGUCAACAGCAUCGAUUUGGAUGGCCGCACCGCUCUCCACAUCGCUGCCUGCGAAGGCCACCCUGACGUCGUCAAGCUCUUGCUCAGCCGCAGAGCCAAUAUCGACGCUCGAGAUCGAUGGGGCAGCACCGCAGCUGCAGAUGCCAAAUAUUAUGGGAAUCAAGAAAUUUACAAUAUUUUGAGAGCUCGUGGAGCCAAAGUUCCGAAAACAAGGAAGACACCCAUGGCUGUUGCAAAUCCUCGGGAAGUUCCUGAAUACGAGCUUAAUCCGUUAGAGCUCCAGGUUCGGAAGAGUGAUGGAAUUACAAAGGGAACAUAUCAAGUGGCUAAAUGGAAUGGUACAAAGGUUGCUGUGAAGAUACUUGACAAGGAUACCUCGUCAGACCCUGAAAACAUAACUGCCUUCAAACAUGAGCUAACCUUGUUAGAAAAGGUCCGACAUCCUAAUGUUGUACAAUUUGUUGGCGCUGUGACCCAGAAUAUGCCCAUGAUGAUUGUUUUAGAAUAUCAUCCAAAAGGUAACUUGGGAAGCUAUCUUCAGAGGAAAGGAAGGCUCUCCCCAUCCAAAGCCUUACGCUUUGCUCUUGAUAUAGCUAGGGGAAUGAAUUAUCUUCAUGAAUGUAAACCAGACCCAAUUAUUCACUGUGAUCUAAAGCCAAAAAAUAUUUUGCUGGAUAAUGGAGGUCAGUUGAAGGUAUCUGGAUUUGGUUUGGUAAAAUUGUCGACAAUCUCACCUGAUAAGGCAAAACUGGCACAAGCUGGGUGUAAAAUUGAUCCAUCAAGUUUAUAUGUGGCACCAGAGGUUUACAAAGAUGAAAUAUUUGACAGAAGUGUUGAUGCAUAUUCUUUCGGUCUUAUUUUAUAUGAGAUGAUAGAGGGCAUACAGCCAUUCCAUCCCAAGUCUUCAGAAGAGGCAGCGAAAAUGAUGUGCUUAGAAAGAAAUAGACCACCAUUUAGAAACAAAUCAAAGAAUUAUCCUCCAGAUCUAAAAGAGUUGAUUGAGGAAUGUUGGGAUCCAGAGCCUGUUGUAAGGCCAACAUUUUCAGAGAUAAUUGUACGUUUGCAGAGGAUAGUUACAAAUUGCUCUAAGCAGGGAUGGUGGAAAGACACAUUUAAACUUCCUUGGUACGUAAAAUGGAAUCAUUAUUAGAAUAAAUAACAAUAUAUUCUAUGGUUUUGGUUUGCAAUUGUGUAAUGUGUUUAAUAAUCUGCAGGAAAUGAAAAGGGGACACACACACACACACACAACACACUCACUUGUGUCAGAGAUGAAGCUGCCACUGCUGCCGCUUCUUACAAGAAUAAAUAAAUAAAUAAUUAUUAAUGAAGGGGAGAGAGAGGAUGGGUUAGUAAGUCCAAGUCUUUUCUUUUUUUCUUUCUUUCUUUCUUUCUUUCUUCAAAAAUGUAUAAUUGUGUUGGAAUAGUUUUGUUGUAUACUAUGAAUAUUAUAUACGAUCAAAUCAAUUGUCUGUGUUUUCUAUAGAAUCAUAAUUUUAUUAUAUGAUAUAUAAAUUAUACUUA